AUGUACCAGGUGGUCUCUAAACUUAAAUCUCUUAAACCGGUCCUAAAAGAGAUUAACAAAGCUGGUUUUUCUAAUAUGCAUACGGCUGUACAGAGAGCUAACGGUGAAUUAGAAAGUGUGCAACAACAACUACAGCAAGACCCUCUUGAUGUUGUGAAGAUUGAUGGAGAAAUAGCUGCUAGAGCUAAGUUAAUUCAAGUGCAGCAGAACUAUACAGCUUUUUUACAGCAGAAGGCUAAGGUCACUUGGAUACAAAAUGGUGAUUUAAAUACUGCAAUUUUUCAUGCAAGUAUUAAGCAAAGAGCAAGACAAAAUCAGAUUUUCUCCAUAGAAAGCAAGCAUGGCACUAGAAUCACUGAUCCAAAUCUGAUCUCAGCAGCCUUUGUUGAUUACUAUAAGGAACUGCUGGGAACAAGCUUGACUAACAGAAGACCAGUGCUAAAGAAGCUUGUGAGCAGAGGAGCGGUUUUGUCCACACAGCAAGCUGAGAACCUGAUGAUGCAAUUUACUAAAGAUGAGGUUAAAGGUGCACUAUUUGACAUUCCUGGGAACAAAGCUCUAGGCCCGGAUGGUUAUUCGAGUUUCUUUUUUUCAAGAUUGUUGGGAGAUAGUGGGAGAUGA